GCGACGCCCCGUAGGAGGGAGGCUGCGCGCGGGGCGGCGGAGGAGAGCGCGGCGGCGGUGGUUGCCAGGGCGCCGUACGCGGGAGCUGCCCGCGGGGUGAGGGCCUCGCUCGCCGUCCCCGCUGCUGUCGCCGGCCACCUCCGAGAGCCACCGCCCGUGUGGGACGGCUGGGGAGGAAAAAGCUGUGACAGGGAGCGCUGACGGGCAUGGCUUUGGACGAGAUGGAUGGAGUGGGGCCGGAGACAGAGGAUGGCAGGAGUCAGGAGCCGGGUGUCAUCACCACGAGGAACAUCCUGGAGAGCUUCACAGAGAGCCAGGAGGUCCGGGGGCUCAUCGGUAACCUGAAGGGAGUCUUUGGGGAUCUGGUGACUCGAGAAACGACAAUGGAAAAAUUCAUAGGUAUAAUGGACAAGUACCAGGAGCAACCUCACUUGUUGGAUCGCCACUUGGAGUGGAUGAUGAGUUCGUUGUUGGAUAUAGUACGGAACAAGGAUUCUCCUCCCUCACUAGUUCACCUGGCUUUUAAAUUUCUUUACAUCAUUACAAAGGUGAGAGGGUACAAACUCUUCCUCCCGCUGUUUCCUCAUGAAGUAGGUGAUCUACAGCCAGUUUUGGAUAUGCUUGGAGACCAGAAUCCAAAAGACUCUGAGACUUGGGAAACUCGUUAUAUGCUUUUAUUAUGGCUCUCCAUGAUAUGCUUGAUCCCUUUUGAUCUGGCCCGGUUUGAUGGAAAUAUUAUUUCUGAGGAAGGGCAUGCUCGUGUGCCAACAAUGGAUCGCAUACUUAAAAUUGCAAAAUGUUACUUGGUUGUCAGUGAUAAGGCUCGAGAUGCAGCUGCUGUACUGGUUUCAAAAUUUAUUGUCCGCCCUGAUGUCAGGCAAAAAAGGAUGGCAGACUUCCUGGACUGGACACUUUCCAUGUUAUCUAAAUCCUCCUUCCAGACCAUGGAGGGGACUGUCGUUAUGAAUGGCAUGCUCCAGGCUCUGGCACAGUUAUUUAAACAUGGCAAAAGAGAAGAUUGUUUACCAUACGCUGCUACUGUACUUGAGUGCCUUGAUAACUGCAAGCUGUCAGAAAGUAAUCAGAUGGUUCUUCGGAAGCUGGGGAUGAAACUUGUUCAACGACUUGGAAUGACAUUUGUGAAACCGAAGGUAGCAAAAUGGAGAUACCAGCGUGGCUGUCGGUCUCUGGCUGCCAAUCUGCAAGCUCCGGGUUCAGUUGUGCAGAAUCAGAUGAUGACAGUUGCUGCUAAUGAAGCUGAUGAUGAUGAAGAGGAAUAUGACAUUCCAGGAGAGAUUGAAAAUGUUGUAGAGCAAUUGUUGGUUGGACUGAAAGACAAAGACACUAUUGUCAGGUGGUCUGCAGCAAAAGGAAUUGGUAGAAUAACUGGAAGACUUCCAAAAGAAUUAGCAGAUGAUGUGAUCGGGUCUCUGUUGGACUGUUUUAGUUUCCAGGAAACAGACAAUGCAUGGCACGGUGGCUGCCUGGCUCUGGCAGAAUUGGGCAGAAGAGGACUGUUACUCCCUUCCCGAAUUUCAGAUGUUGUUCCCGUCAUUUUGAAAGCCCUGACGUACGACGAGAAGCGGGGGGCGUGCAGCGUGGGCUCCAACGUGAGAGACGCAGCCUGCUACGUGUGCUGGGCCUUUGCUCGAGCCUAUGAUCCUGCAGAAUUGAUACCAUUUAUUAAUCAGAUUUCCAGUGCACUGGUUAUUGCUGCAGUAUUUGAUCGUGAUGUUAAUUGCAGAAGAGCUGCUUCUGCUGCCUUCCAGGAGAAUGUUGGGAGACAGGGCACUUUUCCCCAUGGCAUAGACAUUCUAACUGCAGCUGAUUAUUUUGCUGUUGGUAACAGAGUUAACUGUUAUCUGACUAUAAGUGUGUAUAUUGCUGGCUUUCCUGAGUAUACCCAGCCAAUGAUCGAUCACUUAGUUAACAUGAAGAUUAACCACUGGGAUAGUGUUAUUCGAGAACUUUCAACCAAAGCUCUGCAUAAUCUUACUCCACGGGCUCCUGAGUACAUGGCAAAUGUGGUUUUGCCAAGACUUCUGCCUUUAUCAGUGGGCACGGAUCUGCACACUCGCCACGGGGCAAUUCUUGCCUGUGCUGAGAUCACCCAUGCACUGUGUAAACUGGCAGAAGAGAAUAAUAGAUCUAUAACAUAUUAUUUCAGUGAAGAAUCAUUGGAGGGACUUAAGCAAAUCCAUCCAGAGCUCUGCAGUCGCCAAUUGUACAGGGGUUUGGGCGGAGAACUGAUGAGACCGGCUGUCUGCACCUUAAUUGAAAAGUUGUCACUAUCAAAAAUGCCAUUUAGAGGAGAUCCAGUAAUAGGUGGCUGGCAGUGGUUAAUAAAUGACAGUCUAAGAAAUCUCCCUCUUGUUUCAAGCACGGCACGACAACAUAUAAAGGAGUCGACAGUCUCUGCCCUGGCUGCGCUGUGUAAUGAAUAUUACAUCAAUGAAAAGGGAGAAGCUGAUCCAGCUCUGCAGGAUGAGCUGGUGACACAGUACGUUUCAGAGCUAAAAAACGCAGAGGAAAUGAUUCGUUGUGGCUUUUCACGAGCUCUUGGGGCCCUUCCAAGAUUUCUGCUAAAGGGCAGGCUCCAACAGGUUUUGGAAGGUUUGAAAGAAGUUACCUUAAUUACCCCUGCAUACGUGAGCUUUGCAGAAUCCAGAAGAGAUGCCUUAAUAGCAAUUGCAAAGGUUUGCCAGACAGUAGGUGUAAAGGGAGAAGGAUCCCAGGAAGAAUAUGUCUGCAAAGAUAAUGUUUCUCAGAUUUAUGCUACGCUACUUAACGGUGUGACUGACUACACCACAGACAGCCGAGGAGACGUCGGAGGAUGGGUGCGUGAAGCUGCUAUGACAAGUUUAAUGGAAGUGACGCUCCUGCUGGUUCAGAAUGAAGCGGAGUUAAUUAAUGCCAACAUCUGCAAACAGAUUAUGUGCUGGCUGGCUCAACAGUCAGCUGAAAAAAUAGAUAAAUUCCGAGCUCAUGCAGGAUCCGUGUUCCUUACGCUUUUACAUUUUGACCGUCCUCCGGUUCCACACAUACCUCAUCGAGAAGAGCUAGAGAGGAUAUUUCCAAGGUCAGAGAAAGAGACUCUAAACUGGAAUGCAGCAUCAGAAGCUUUCCCUCGAAUCACCCAGCUUUUGGGUUUGCCAACUUACCAGUACUACGUGCUGUUGGGUCUCUCGGUGUCUGUCGGUGGAUUAACAGAGACAACGCUCCGACACUCUGCCCAGAGCCUCUUCGACUACAUGAAGAAAAUCCAGAAUGAUGGCAGUGCCAUGGAGAGCUUCUGUGGGACGCUGCUGAAGGUCUUUGAGGACAACCUGCGGAAUGACCGGGUGUCUGUACCUCUCCUGACAAUGCUGGACCAAAUGCUGGCAAACGGCUGUUUUGAUAUAUUUACUGCGCAAGAGAACCAUCCCUUUUCCGUGAAGUUACUCACCCUCUGUAAAGAAGAGAUCAAAAGAUCCAAAGACAUCCGGAAGCUUCGCUCCAGCAUAGGAGUGUUUUGUGGCCUCAUUCAAUUUCAAGGAGACAUGAGAGAGAAAGUUUUAUUUCAGCUGUUUCUCCUUCUUUGCCAUCCAUUUCCUGUAAUCCGGAAGACGACGGCCAGUCAAGUGUACGAAAUGCUCAUCACCUACAGCGACGUGGUGGAUCCCACCAUCAUGGACGAGGUUCUGACCAUACUCAGCGAUACCAACUGGGAAGCCGAGCUGCCCGUGGUAAGAGAAAAACGCAACUAUCUCUGUGACCUCAUGAAAGUGCCCAAACCCCAGCUGGUGUCCAAGAGCUCGGCGUGAGGCAGCGGGGCCGGUCGCUGGGGUGAGUCCAGGCUCCUGCUGCGGGCGCCGCGGGGACGGGAGGAGUUUGUGCCGCCGCAUCCGGACGAGCCGGGCCCUCGGUCUGUGCUGCCAAGAGCUCUGUUCAACCAAGAACAGGCAGAGGUUACGGCCUGAAGCAGAUACACCAUGUGAAGGCAACUGAAGAUGCGUUUUUGGGUUUUGGGGUCAUUAUCUGUAGCCACACGAUGGCGGUUUCUUUUCCUACUUCUGUCACAACUGACCUGGCUAUUAUUUUUUUUUGGAUGUCCUGGUUCCUACAGCUCCGAGCGGAGCCCCUCAGCCUGUGCUUUGCUGUACACACACACACACAGUGUCACACCCGAGUUGCUGCAUUACUCUCUUUAAAAUAAUUGUUUUUCAGCAUUAAAAAUGACAACGCUUAGUGAUAA